AUGUUUUUUUUUACUUUUAAUGAUUAAGAAAAAUUACGCAAUCACUGUUUAUAACAUUGAUUCAUUCAUGUGAAAUAAACUGAAGUUGCACAAACAAUCCAGUAAUCUUUUUGUGGCUCACGAGUGUUGAUUAUAAUAUCUUUCGUUUUAUGUUGUAAUAUCAUCUAGAUGUUAGACAAUGAACCUUAUACAUGCUGCUUAUGGUUUAAUUUCCCUUGUAUAUUUUUUUAAAGACCUGAUGUUAGAUAUAAAACUCGUAUAUAAACAGAUGAUACAAUGCUAACGCCACGUGUUUAUAUUAUAAGUGCAGCAAUAGGCUGGUAAAUAUCACAGUAAACAUUUGAUCAAAAAAUUCUGCAUCUUAAAAUUUUAUCAAACGAAUUACAGUUCAAAAUGUUACACUUUAGUUUAUGUUUACUUUUAUUGGGAGGAUUAGUUCUGAAUAGUGAAUCGUCAAGAAUAUUGGCGAUAUACCCUUGUCCGUCGAUCAGUCAUCAAAUAGUAUUUCGACCGUUGACAUUAGAACUUCUAAAACUAGGUCACGAAGUGACUAUUGUGACGGCAGAUCCAAUGUUCUCUAAGGAAAAUGUUCCUGCAAAUCUAACUGAAUUGAAUGUUCACAAUGCCGCAUAUGGUGUUAUAACAAAAAUAAUGUCGAAAGUUGUCACUGGAAGCAAAACGGAUUUAAUAAAUCAAGCUCUUGUUGUCAAAGAACUUAUCUACAAAGCAACUGAAGCAGUAAUACUUACAGAUGAUGUUCAAAAUUUACUCAAGAACGAGAAAGAAUAUGAUUUGAUAUUCAUAGAAGCACUAUUUACUCCUAUGUUGGGAAUAAGUCAUAAAUUUAAAGCACCAACUAUUUUAGUUAGUUCUUUUGGACCUUUCAUCGGCAGUUACGAAAUAUUAGGAGCACCUUCAAAACCACUUUUAUACCACAAUAUGUACAGUCAAAGACUUUAUAAUUUAAAUCUAUUAGAAAAAAUAUCUGAACUUUACAAUCAAAUACGCGUUCGAUAUAUAUUUAACCACAGUGAUGAGAAAUUGAACGAAUUGAUCAAACAACUGUUCGGAUCUGAUACACCAAGCUUAUCAGAGCUGAAGGAUCAAGUUGAUAUGCUAUUUGUGAAUAUACACCCGAUUUGGGAAGGUAAUUACCCAGUACCACCGACUGUUAUACACAUGGGUGGAUUGCAUCAAAAGUCGCCGAAACCACUUCCAAAGGAUCUUCAGCAAUACCUAGAUACCUCAAACAAUGGUGUAAUAUAUUUCAGUUUUGGUACCAACGUCAACAUAUCUCACCUUCCCCAAGAACAAAUUACGAUUUUCAAAAAAGUGCUCUCAGAAUUACCAUACAACGUAUUAUGGAAGAUAGAAGAUGACAAUUUACAUGAAAAAUCUACGAACAUCAAAACAUUUAAAUGGCUACCUCAAGCCGACCUAUUAAGACAUCCAAAUGUGAAGUUGUUCAUAACACAAGGAGGUUUGCAAUCUACCGAUGAAGCAAUCACAGCUGGUGUACCAUUAAUUGGCGUACCGAUUUUAGGAGACCAGUGGUACAAUGUAGAAAAAUAUUUACACCAUAAAAUUGGAUUAAAACUAUACUACGAAGAUAUUACUGAAGAUAACUUUAAGAAUGCUAUUCUAGAAAUUAUUGAAAAUAAAAGCUACCGAGAUAACAUAGUGAGGUUACGGACUCUAAUACAGGACCAGCAUCAGACGCCGCUUGAGCGCGCCAUCUGGUGGACAGAAUACGUCCUUCGUCACGGUGGAGCGAAGCAUUUGCGGGCGCCCGCAGCCAACUUAUCAUCGACUGAGUAUUACGAAAUAGAAUUAGUACUUUUAAUAUGUUCCGUUAGCUCUAUUAUCGUAGCAUUGUUGUUUAUUAUAAUCAGAUUAAUAGUACGUAGUACUUCAAAACUUAUUUUUUCUAAAACGAAAUUAAAAAAUCCUUAAUUGUGACCAAAUUCAGUAUUAGAAUUAUUAAAUCGUAUAAAGAGUGAACCAGUUUUAGUAGGAUAAUGUUUUACAACAUAGUUAGGCAAAACAUUUUCAAAUAAAGAAACUAAAAAGUAAA